AAUAAUCUGUUGCUAGGAUUGUUAAAAAUUUUUACGUCAGUAAAAAAACAAAACAAAACUUUUAUUAAAUAUUGUUUGGGAAAAGCCACGUAAAUAGGGAAAGUACAAACAUAUUCAUUUUUGUACUUUCACUUUGUUACAGGUAGGAAAUCACAGUUUUUGUGUUGUAGAGUACACCGAGGGAAGUACAAAGAUCGAAUUAAUAUACAGUAUUUAAACCUAAUAAAAAGCGGUAAAAAAUUUGAAAAUGUAAUUUUGCAGUGAACUUUCUUUCUUGAAAUGACAAGAUAGAAGACUUCAUAGAUGUCGCUGAGUGCGAUGUGACAAAUAAAGAAGUGAAUAAUACUGAAGGUGUUUAUAAAAAGUCUGAGCGCAGCCAGCCACCGCAACUACACUUGAGGAGGAAAGAUUAGGUAUUUCAAGUGUAACUUGACUGCUGGUUUGCAACACCUACAUUGGUGGUUCAGUUCACGGUUCACAAAAGAAAAAUUGCUGGUUCUGUUGUCUUCAUGCCUUUUGCUGUGACGUCAUAAUUGGCGAUGUUAGUUUCGAGGGAAAGAGAGACAUAGAGAGAAAGAAAAGCUUGAUACUCAGAUUAUCACAUAUAUGAACCCAGAAGAAAGCAAGAUGUCGAACAGCGAUGAAGAUUUAGAGUAUGAUAUUAUGGAAGAAGAAAACAAUUUUGGAGAUGAUGAGAUGAUAAGAUGGAAACCUUUGAUGAGCUUUUUAAAUUCACGGGCUUCAACUUUUUCAAUUCGAGCCCGCUGUGAUAAUAAAAACAUUCAAACUGAGAGAGAAACGAUAUUUUUAGUAAAACAUUGGAAAAGUUUUCGUGUUGGCAGAAACGAAUGGUGCAAGUGCAAUAACUGAGAGACUGAAACUAGGGAGAUUGAUUGUCUUUGUUCAACGGAAGUGGAUGCAAUACAGACAAACAAUUAGAAGGGUUAAUAAAAAGAAUUUGUUGAGAAGAACCAUGGCAGAAGCACCUGUGGUUAGGCAUUGCAAACUGUUAACUUUCAAGCGUUUUCUUGUAACUGGAAUUGAUGUUAAUUCAAUCAGAGACCUUGAGCAAGGUGAUGGGCCCAUUCUGCAUGGUCGAGUAGAUGGUCACUUGAAUUCUCUAUUGAGAGAAGGGCACGGUGAAGUUGUUAUUAAUGUCAUCAUGGAAUAUUGUGAAAGAGUGCCCAAAGUCGGAGCACUGAUUUUUGCAUUGGCUUGCUGCUCUUGUUUUAGAGGAGGAGAUGUGAUGAAACAAGCUUAUGCAAAGCUGAAUAAAGUAUGUAGAAUUCCAACGCACCUGUUUCAAUUUGUAAGCAUUCAACAGCAGCUUGUGGAAGCCCGCAGAAGGCGUUCAGACAACUUCAUUUCAAGAAGAUUAAAAAGAGUCACAAAAAGAAGACGGCAAUUUUCAGAUUCUGCCGUUGUUUCAGCAAGUUCAUCAUCUGAUGCAGGGUCACAAGAAACAAAGAUUUUUUGUAAAAAAUCAACAGGCUGGGGAGCAAAAAGGAAGAAAGGAAUUGCGUCGUUUUACACAGACGCCAACAAAAAUGCUCUACGAUUGUUGUACUUGGUAACGAAAUACAAAAGACGUCAUAACUGGUCGCAUGAAGACAUCCUUUUAUUUACUCAUUUGAAAUUUUCUAAUUUAAUAGAAGGGAAAGAGUUGGUGUUGACCUAUAGCAGAUAUGGUUAUCACCAUAAAAAGUACAUUUCAUUGAAGAGUAGAAUGUCAACCUCACCUGUGAAUGAGACAGUAGGUAGGGUAAUUGAUUUGAUCGACGUCUUGGAAAGAAUCAAAGCACUGACUCCUGAUGACGAUACUGCAAACAUAGACACCCUUUGCAGUCUAAUUGAGAAAUAUGGAAAACUUUGUUGUGAAGAGGAAUGGGAGAACGUCUGUUAUCUGUAUGGUCAAAUGAAUCGUAGAAACAAUUCUGAAGAAAUUCAGCGGAAAUCAUUUGGAAUUUGCAAAGAGCAUGUUCCAACUAAAUUUUUCCAGUAUCCUGAGGUAUGGAAGCGUCUACUACCAAAUAUGGCUUUGGGGUGUAUGAUACGCAACCUGGGAAAAAUGACUGAACUAAAAUUAUUCGAUGAUCAGGAAAAUGUAAAUCGCGUCACUUCAGCACUGCGUGAUCCUGAAAUCUUAAGGAGGGCGAGAAUACAUCCGUUGUCAAUCUUAAUAGCUUUACACACUUACCAGAAGGGUGAGAGUGAUCAAUCAAAAUUAAAGUGGAAUCCAAACCCAGAAAUUUCUGGAGCGUUAGAUGAAGCAUUUCAUCAGAGUUUUGACAGUGGACAACUAUUUCUUGAUAGUCCAACCAACAAAAAAUUUUAUCUGGCGAUUGACUGCAGUACGAUAAUGAAGGAAAGCGAGUGUUAUCAUUGUGACGUCAUCUCGCCAGUCACUGCAGCGGCUGCUUUGACGCUGGUGAUGCGUAAAAUGGAACCCCGUUGCCAAGUGGUGGCAUUUGGUGAGGAUUUAGCGGAUAAUGUGCCGGUUGCUGAAACCAUUUCUGAAACUGUGACACAGAUUGAGGAGUACGCAAAGUCUAAUAAUUUGGGCGGGGAAAUCGACCCGACUGUUGUUAUCCAGAACGCCAGGGACAAGAGAAUAGAGGUGGAUGUGUUUAUCUUUUUUACUGCUUGCAAAGGUCUCAAGGGAGACGCCACAGAUAUGCUGCAAAAGUAUCGAAGCACCAUGGAAAAUCCUGAUGCAAAACUAAUUGUCUGCGCAAUGAGCAGUAACGAUGAAACAAUCGUUCAAGCUGAUGAUCCUUUUGUUCUCCACGUGUGCGGAUUCGAUCAAAACAUGCUCACAACAAUUCGCGAGUUUGUCAGCUUAUCGAAGAAGGAUGACUGUCCUUGCUGUCGGGCGGUGGAAAAUGACGAAGAAGAUAGCGAGGGUGACGAUUAACAAAGUUAGUAGUCCAAAGAACCUUUUUACACACGUUUGAGAAACAAAAAGUGCAGAAAAAGAGUUUCUAACCUCCCUGUACUGUGAGGAACAAAAUGAGUAGCUGAAUGAUAAAAGCCAUAACCAGUUAGUAAAAUAAGUAAACCCGUUCGAUCAUUAUCGAUAGAUAUUCAAAGUCACACCUUCGCAAAUCUCACUAGGUUUAAGGUUUUUUAUGAAUUAAUAAAAUUGCAUUCAUUCAAUUUUAACACAUUGAAUUUGCUACUGUCUUUAGAUGUUCACAAAAGGGUUUGCGGAUUUUUGCAUCCGCGCGUGCAUUCUUGUAGGAAAUAUGCAGGGUCAUUUUGGGUAAAUUUUUAUUAGUCAAAUUUAUGAAAAUUGGAAAGGCAAGAUCCAAAAGACAUUGGAAAUAAUUUUUCAGCUAUAUUCUUCUUUAUUUAAAAAAAAGUUCGCCAAUUUUAAGCGAUUUUUUUAUUGGACUUGACUACUGUGAUCUUUUGUUUAUAUUUUCUACCUACAGUAAUGCGUGCGCAUAUCAACUGCUCUUAACGCAAAACCUUUACAUAUUGCUACAAUUGUUGUUCGGUUGUCAUUGUACAUGUUUUUUAUUAUAAGGAAUAGGAGGCUCAGAUUUUCCUGAAAACUAAGCAAUUAGUACGCAAUUACCAGUCUGAAGUGAGGAAAUGAAAAAGAAGAAGGAAUAACAGCAAUAGGGAUUAUCAGAAAGGUUUGCUCUAAAAGUCAUGUGUGUGUUUUUGCGAGGAUUCCGAUUAGGACAGGAGUUCGAUUUCGAUUACCGCACGAGCCGACCUGAUCAGAAAAAACCCACAAGUAGGUAACAAGUAAGUAGCAGUUUAACCUGCGAAAGAGAGAAUAUUACGCAACAUUGAGCCAAAAUGUUUAAUUAAGAUUUGAUGCAAAUUUUUUUGUUGUUGUAAUUUUUUUACGAUGAGUGUUAUUUAAAUCCAUAAUAAAUUAUAAUAGAAUUUAUAGGUAGGAUUAUGAUAAAAGCAUUUUUAGUUUUUUCAAAAUCUUUACACGAACUGUCUGUCUGUCUGUCUGUCUGUCUGUCUGUCUGUCUGUCUGUCUGUCUGUCUCGGUUUUAGUUUUUUAAAUUGACUGUUAGUUUACAGAACUGACUUUAAUUGAUUUAUAGAUAAUUUAAAUUGCCAUAGUUUUCACGUAUAAUUACACAUGUACGGUAAUUCACUCCUGUUGACAGCCAUCGACCAACCUCUUAAAUCGUAGAAUCGUAAUAACGAGAUGUUUUACCUUUAGUUGACUUCCUUCUUCAAAAAGUCCAUAUUAACCGAUAUUCCAGGAGUUGUUUGUAUGUAUGCUGGAUGUACAUUUGCUGUGCAAGUAACAUUAACAACGAAGGUUUCCUUUGGAUUUUUUUAGAUGGUAUUGUUCACUAUUGUUUUUGUUUUUAAUAACAAAUUUAAUCUACAAUCGCGGACAAAAUUAAUGAAACACCUGCUAAAAUUCCCCCUUGCCUUACUUUAAUGUUGUCUCGAGUUGUUGGAAAGAUGUCGUUUUGGUCGAAAUAAUUUGCAACAUCUAAGUUUGAUAUUGGUAAAGGGAGGAGAGUGUAACGGUCAAGUGAUAGAAAUUUUUGACAUACUGUCAAUAAUUUUUAUGGUGUUUCAUUUCGUCCAUGAUUAUAGCUAAAAUAGAGUAUUGUAAAUUAUGUCACUGAAAAGAAUAUUUGAAUUUCCUGUUUUUCUA